AUGUAUGACCUUUACCUUCUGUUCGGAGUGCUCCUCAUCAAAGGUCAUUCUUGCACACCUGAGCAGCCUGAACAGGUUGUGGCCUUUGCUGGUGGGAAUGUCAUCCUGCCCUGCAGCUUGAACAUCGUCAUCGGCAGUGACGAUGUUCCGACAGUGGAGUGGUCCAAAGUGGCAGAAGGCCUGAAGCCUCGCAUUGUUUUCCUGUACCGUGAUGGCUGCGAGACCUUCGAGAUGAAGGAUCCCGACUUUGAAUACCGCACGAGCCUCAUCAUCAGAGAGGCGAAGAACGAGAACGUCUCAUUAAGGAUCUCAAAUGUGAAGCUAUCCGAUGAGGGAACGUAUCGGUGUUUAAUAAUCCAGAAGAACAGAAUGAGGCAAAUAUCUAAAAUGAAGCUGGUUGUUGUUGCAGUGUCUGAUCCAACGCUUUCAGUGUUUGCUAACAGCGGUGUAGUUAGUCUGGAGUGUGAAGCCCAUUGCUGGAGGCCAGCACCACUGAUGACUAUUCUGGAUGGUGAGGGAAACUGCAUCACUGAUAAAAAGCCCGAACUAGAAGACGAUCCUCGAGGAUGCUACAACAUUAAGCAAAGUGUCACUCUGCAGAAACCGACUAGCAGGGUUGUCUGCAGAGUUGAGCAGCCACAGAUGAACCAACUGAGGACUGCAGAGAUCCUCUUUCCAGCUCCCUGCAACGAAUCCAAUACAACCUUCUCUUUGAUAAUUGCCGCACUGGUAGUUUCACUUUGCAUUAAUUUGCUAUUUAUGUCUCUGUGGUUCAUAAAGAAACAAUGCAGUUCUGAUGGGGGGAAACCAUCAGAAUCACAGAACAAACAAGAGCUAACAUGUGUCUGGAGUCUGGCCAAGCAGUUUGGCCAAGCCCCAAAAAAAAACCCCAUCAAGCACGUGGACAUCUACGGCAGCUGUGAGUGGCCAGACAAUCCUACGUGUACGCCCAAAGAAGACAGGUUUCUUUUCAAAUGA